UGUACGUUCAACAACAAGUGCAGGCAGCCACUAGUCACUAGUCAUGUCUCGCCCUGAGCAGAAAUCCGCGUUAAACAUCGUUAUGGGAUGCAUGACGUUUGGUAGAGAAGGCACUGAGGGAGCUCGAGUCCAUACUGUUGAAGAGGUCGGCAAAAUCUUGGAUGUCUUUCAAGCCCAUGGACACUACGAGCUCGACUCCGCACGGACUUACGCCGGAACCACCAGUGAAGAGAUUGUGGGGGAGGUUGGAUGGCAGAAACGGGGGCUUGUGAUGGAUACUAAGCUCUACCCGAAUGCCUCGACCACGCGCCAGACCCUGCCCAACGCGAGCCGCAUCUCGCACAGCCCAGAAGACCUUCGCAAGUACCUAGACAGCUCGCUCAAGGCCCUCAGGACAGACUCCAUCGACAUGUGGUACCUGCACGGCCCGGACCGCACCAUUCCGUACGAAGUAACCAUGAAGGCUGUCAAUGAACUUCACCGAGAGGGAAAGUUCAAGCGUUUCGGCAUCAGCAACUUCAUGUCCUGGGAAGUCGCCGAAAUUGUGGCUAUCUGCAAGGCGAACAACUACAUCCAGCCGACCGCGUACCAGGGCAUCUAUAAUGCGAUCCAUCGCAAGGUCGAGCCCGAGCUCUUCCCAUGCCUGCGCAAGUAUGGCAUUGCUUUCUACGAGUUCAACCCGCUCGGUGGCGGCUUCUUCACAGGCCGGUACCGCUCGAUCCAAGAUGAGGUCGAGCCUGGUUCGCGCUUUGACCCGAAUAGGGGCCAAGGCAGGAAUUACCGCGGCAGGUACUGGAAUGACACGUACUUCCAGGCGCUCUCUCUCAUCGAAGAGAUCGCGAAGAAGCACAACCUGACGCUCGCUGAGGUUGCCCUUCGCUGGGUUUCGCACCACAGUCUCAUGAAGCGCGAGCACGGAGACGCGAUCAUCAUUGGUGCUUCGAGUCUCAAUCACAUCGAGCAGAACCUCAUCGACCUCGAAAAGGGCUCCCUGCCUGAAGAGGUGCUGAAAGUGCUGGAUCAGGCUUGGGAAGUCGUCAAACCCGUCGCGACGAACUACUUCCACUAAGUCACAUACUCAACUCGCCGCUGUCUUAUCUGAGACGAAUGAGCGAGGCUGUACAAUGUAUAUUCGAGGAUACAAUAACACAACUGAACG